GCUGGAGGUGCACCAAUGGGAUGCGGGCAUGUUGCGGGGUGCGGUUGCUAAGGGAGGAAGCGGCGAGAGCGCGCACCGGUGCAAGAUGGCGGCGGCGCCCAGCGAGUUUCCUGACCUGAAGGAGGUGAAGAAAGGGCUGAUGGCGGUGAUCGGCCUGUGCCGGGAGCGCGGCCUCAUGCAGAGCGCCAAGUGGGCUUCUGAAUUGGCCUUCUCUCUGGAUCCACUUCCAAAGGAUGAGGUGCCUCCUGUUCCUCCAGUCACAGAGGAUGACCUUGUGGAUUUUGAUGCCUACACUUUGGCUAAAUCAUACUUUGACCUGAAGGAGUAUGAUAGAGCAGCAUACUUUCUCAAAGGUUGUCGGAGUCAGAAGGCUUACUUCCUCUAUAUGUAUUCUAGAUAUCUGUCUGGAGAGAAGAAGAAGGAUGAUGAAACCGUGGACAGUCUGGGCCCCUUGGAGAAAGGACAGGUGAAGAACGAGUCCCUGAGAGAACUACGAGUAGAGCUGAGCAAAAAGCAUAAAGCAAGGGAACUGGAUGGAUUUGGACUAUAUCUGUAUGGGGUAGUGCUGCGGAAACUGGACCUGACUAAAGAAGCUAUCGAUGUGUUUGUGGAAGCCAUGCACAGUCUGCCUCUGCACUGGGGAGCCUGGCUUGAACUCUGCAACCUUAUCACUGACAAGGAGAUGUUGAAGCCUAUGCUGCUGCCCAGCACGUGGAUGAAAGAGUUUUUCCUGGCUCACAUUUACACAGAGCUUCAGCUGAUCGAGGAAGCAUUGCAGAAGUAUCAGAAUCUAAUCGACGCUGGUUUCUCCAAAAGUACUUACAUCAUCUCCCAGAUUGCUGUGGCCUACCACAAUGUUAGAGAUAUCGAUCGAGCGUUAACCCUUUUCAAUGAGUUGCGGAAUCAGGAUCCAUAUAGAAUAGAGAACAUGGACACUUUAUCUAACCUACUGUACGUCCGGAAUAUGAAACCUGAGCUGAGCUACCUGGCCCACAAUCUGUGUGAAAUUGACAAGUAUCGAGUGGAAACCUGCUGUGUGAUCGGUAAUUAUUACAGUUUAAGGUCGCAACAUGAGAAAGCUGCCCUGUACUUCCAGCGGGCCUUGAAGUUAAAUCCUCGCUACCUCGGUGCUUGGACAUUAAUGGGGCACGAGUAUAUGGAGAUGAAGAACACAUCAGCAGCUAUCCAGGCUUACAGACAUGCCAUUGAGGUGAACAAGCGAGAUUACAGGGCCUGGUAUGGAUUGGGACAAACAUAUGAGAUUCUCAAGAUGCCUUUUUACUGCCUUUAUUAUUACAGGCGAGCUCAUCAGCUCAGACCUAAUGACUCUCGAAUGCUCAUUGCUUUGGGUGAAUGCUUUGAAAAGUUGAAUCAACUGACUGAUGCUAAGAAGUGUUACUCAAGGGCCUUUUCCGUUGGUGAUGUAGAGAAAAUGGCUUUAGUAAAGCUUGCAAAGAUUCACGAGCAAUUAAGUGAAUCAGAUCAGGCGGCUCAAUGCUACAUCAAAUACGUCCAGGACAUCUGUACCUGUGGGGAAAUUCUGGAGCAUCAUGAAAUGAGCACUGCAUUCCGAGCCUUAGCGCAGUACUAUUUCAAAUGUAAGCGGUGGGAUGAGGCCUCAGUCUGUGCACAGAAGUGUUGUGAUUACAAUGACACACGAGAGGAAGGGAAGGCACUUCUGCGACAGAUAUCCCAGCUUCGUAGUCAGAAUGAGGCAUCACCGGCUGCCAUCUCUGGAGAUGGAUCACGGACAUCGUUUACCCCUUCAGCAUCGCAUUCUACAACCAACACCCCAUCUGUAAAAGUCCCCCCUCUCAACCUGUCUUCCAUCACACCAUGAAAAUUGUUUCUGAAAACAAUCUCCUGCCAAAAUCCUACUCUGCCUGUUCCCCAAUGGAUCCUUAUUCUCUUGGUUCAUCUGUGUUGCCAACUGUAUGAUUAAUGCUAACAGCAGUGAAGGAUUGUUGCUUUCUCUUAAUCUUCUGGAAAUCUUAAACUGAAGGGUUGGUGAUUCCAGCUUCUAAAUAUUUUCAUAACUCAA